AUACAGUACAUAACAGUUCGUUUCACGCUAAAUUUUUAGUCUCACAAUGAUGAUGCAGUUAUACCGAUUUUUAAAUAUCGAGUGUUACAACAAGUACAUUUGAUCAGACUGAUGGAAUUAGUUCUAACUGGUGUUCGGUAUAGUUCGAUGUAGAUUUAUUAGCAGUAGCAAAAGGUAUUGAAUAGGUCACAUAUUCAUGUGCCCUUUUUUGUUCGAAAAGUCUAACAUUGUCAAAAAAUCAACGACUUUUUUUGACGCUUGAUAAGUUAGAGCAUACAUGUAUUAAGUUGAAAUGGCUGAUACUGAGGACCUUCCUCUCACUUAUAAAAUGUUAAUGGUUCAUAAGUUGGCCCAGAAGUUCCAGGAAGCAGUAAAAAUUGAAACAGUUACUUUAACUUCUCCAGGACCAGAUGAGAUCAUUGUAAAGAACAGGUAUGUAGGAAUAAAUGCCAUUGAUAUUUUCAUCACACCGAUCAAAAAUAUUGUGUCAAAAAAAUACCCCUAUCCAGUGGGGUUAGAGAGUGUUGGGGAAGUAGUUGCUUUAGGGACAGAUGUGGAUUGCUUAGAACUCGGCCAACCUGUGGCUUAUAUUGGAAUGGGAGCAUACUCAGAAUUUAUGACAGUUAAAGGCAGGGAAGUAAUUCCAAUUCCAGAAUUAAAGCCAGAAUAUGUUGGUUUGUUAGUCAGUGGACUUACAGCUUCCAUUGGCCUCGAUAAGGUAGGAGACCUGAAAGCUGGUGAAAAGGUAAUUAUCACAGCUGCUGCAGGAGGGCUAGGCCAGAUUUGUGUUCAGUGGGCCAAAAAUUAUGGUUGUCAUGUUAUUGCUAUAUGUUCAUCAGAGGAAGAAGCAGCAUACUUGAUGGCUUUAGGAUGUGACAGAGUGAUUAAUGAUAAAGAAGAAAAAGUGGGGGAUGUUUUGAAAGAAGAAUACGCAGAUGGUGUAGAUGUUGUUUGGGAAACAGUUGGAGGGGAAGUGUUUCUAACCUUACUGAAUAAUCUGGCUAUAAAAGGUCGAAUGAUCAUUAUUGAAUGUAUUGCCAGUAACAUGAUGGAUGAAGUUAAGAACUCACCCAAUAUAAAUGAACUAUUGGAAAAGUUGAAUUCAAAUUCCCAGUGUGUUCGUGGGUUUUCAUUAUUUCAUUACUCUGAGUAUAUCCCAGCUUACCUUGGUCAGUUGAUUCCAAUGUUAAAAUGUGGAAAGAUGAAGGUGCACGUUGACAAUGGACAGCAAUCAAUUGGAGUGUUAUUUUCUGGUGUGGAAGGAAUUAUAAAAGGUGCAGAGCACCUUCAUAAUGACGUAAGUAUUGGGAAAGUUGUUGUUGAGAUGCUGUAAAAAACAGAGUUGACUAAGAAGAAGGUUAAUGAGAAUUAAAAUCAAAACCAGGAACUUGGGUGACUAAUCACUGUUAUGAAAAGAAAAUAUCACACAAGUUAGAACACUAGUUGAGCAUUGGAAAGAUCAUAUACUUGAAAACCAUAACCAAGUUAAAAAUGUUUGUUUAGUAAAAUUUUGUGUGAAUUUAAGGGUAGAUACACCAAGUUAUUUGCUCAUUACAAAAUAAGGGAUAUAUCAGUUGAUCUGAAUUUAAAUUUGUUACUGCCUAUAUGCAGUGUGCAAAAACACACAAUUAAUGCAGAAUUUUUAGCAUUAUUUUAUAUUAUGAAUUGAUCUCCAUUUAAACGUGUUAUAUCAUAAAAGUAAGUAAUUUUGUAUUUAAUAGUAUUUUCUGGUUUAGUCUACUGUUUGGCAUGUAAUAUUUUAAGUAAACUCAUUCUAAAAAGAUAUAACAUUGGGUUUGCUUUUUAUUCA